AUGACGUCGUACGAUUCUUUUAUUUCAAACAGUAUCGUUGAAGCUAUACAAAGACGAGAAACUACUUUAUUUAACUGUGAUAGUUUCAAGUUAGCUAUUUUUUUGGAUGGUCGUGUCAAUGUUUUAUUAGAUGAAAAUACACUAAGAGAAGCUGAAAAUCAUUUGAUACUCUUGUCUUCAGAAUUACACAACAUUGAUCCUGUUAUUAGAGAAGGGCCAACUGUUUCAACUAAUAAUAUUGAAUGCAAUGAAGUAGAUGACUUAGAGCUUGAACUUCGUACGGCGGCAGCUGAACGGAGUAGUGGUUUGGUUAGUAGUCAAGACCAAGCUGUGUUGGACAAUUUUAUGCAAUUUCCUAGGGAAGAUAAAAGCAAAAACAUUAUGGAUAUUUGGACAAGACUUAAAAAAAUGUAUCCAUUGAUGUAUGAAUGGGCUUUGGUUGCUUUAGCAUUACCAACUACUCAGGUCACAGUGGAACGUCUUUUUUCCAGUUUGAAAUUCAUAUUGAAUGAUCAACGAAAUAGGAUGAGCCCUAGUUUACUGGAAGACAUAAUGGUUGUACGAUCAAACUAUUUAUUUGAUAAAAGUUAA